UAGACCAGGCUGGCCUCAGACUCCCAGAUAUCUGCCUUCCUCUGCCUCCUGAGUGCAUGGAUUAAAGGUGUACACCACCCCCACCAGGAGAGGUGUGUUUUUCUUGUUGUCUUUCAGCAGACACUAGAGGUCCAUGUUCAGACAGGGCAUGUCUUCAGGAAUCAGCCGGGCCGGAAGAACAAAACAGCCCUGGACUUUCCUUUUCUGGCCUGGAUGUGCUCUGCCUCCCCACUCCAAACCCCAGCCACUUCCUAGAAGCAAGUGGGAUUCUUGUAAAUUAGAUUUUUAAAAGAUAUUUAUUUAUUAUGUAUACAAUAUUCUGUCUGUGUGUAUGCCUGCAGGCCAGAAGAGGACACCAGAACCCAUUACAGAUGGUUGUGAGCCACCAUGUGGUUGCUGGGAAUUGAACUUAGGACCUUUGGAAGACCAGGCAAUGCCCUUAACCUCUGAGCCAUCUCUCCAGCCCUGUAAAUUAGAUUUUUCAAGAGACUUUGGCAAUUAAAGGAAUUAUGCCAUAGGCCUUGGGUAAAGAAAAAAAAAAGGUAAAAGGGUAAAAGGUGUUGGUAACAGCCUGCAGUAUCCUCUGUCCUGGAUGGUGUAGGAGCCUCCACAGCCGCGCAUGCUCGCUCACUCAGUCAUUCCCUCCCCCCCGUCCCCCCCGCCCCAGCUAGCAUGUGUCCCUGACUCCACGGGCACUGUGCAAAGGGUGCACCGGGUCAUGGCCGCUCUCAGGAGCCGGCACCCUGGGAGGGGGCAGAGCAGAGUACCUCCCUUCUGUGCCGGACUCCAAUGUUCCUGUUUAUCUGGUAAGAACCGAACGUCACGUUGGAUGCCUGCGUGCCGUGUGGGCCGCAAGGAAAGCCCUGAAGUUGUCAUCCUCGGUGCUGAAGGGGCAGAGCUGUGGUUGGUGACAGCGUGGCCGGUGACAUCAUGACAAGUGAGGUGAUUGAAGAUGAGAAACAGUUUUAUUCGAAGGCCAAGACCUACUGGAAACAGAUCCCGCCCACGGUGGACGGCAUGCUUGGGGGGUAUGGCCACAUCUCCAACAUCGACCUCAACAGCUCUCGGAAGUUUCUGCAGAGGUUUCUAAGGGAAGGACCGAACAAAACGGGGACUUCCUGUGCCCUGGACUGUGGCGCUGGCAUUGGAAGGAUCACCAAGCGCCUGCUCCUGCCGCUCUUCAGGGUGGUGGACAUGGUGGACGUGACUGAGGACUUUCUGGCCAAAGCCAAGACCUACCUGGGGGAAGAGGGCAAGAGGGUGAGGAACUACUUCUGCUGUGGCCUGCAGGACUUCAGUCCAGAGCCCAGCUCCUAUGAUGUGAUCUGGAUCCAGUGGGUGAUAGGUCACCUGACAGAUGAGCACCUGGCUGAGUUUCUGCGCCGCUGUAAGCAGGGCCUGCGUCCCAAUGGCAUCAUUGUCAUCAAGGACAACAUGGCCCAGGAGGGUGUGAUCCUGGAUGAUGUGGACAGCAGUGUGUGCCGCGACCUCGAGGUGGUACACCGGAUCAUCCGCAGUGCUGGCCUCAGCCUCCUGGCAGAGGAGCGCCAGGAGAACCUGCCGGAUGAGAUCUACCAUGUCUACAGCUUUGCCCUGAGAUGAGGCCAGGGCCAGGGCCAGCGCUAGGGGCACGCAGCUGGCAGGCCACUAGACACACUUGCCAUCCACCUUUGACUCCAGUGGGAGGGACAAGCCCUGGAUUGUGCUGUGUAUUGGGGCAGUACUGCCCUGUCACUCCAAGGCACCCUGGCAUCUCCCACAAGGAUAUGGGAAGCUAAGCUGCCACCAUAGGACUGGCUGCCAGGGCUGAAGUGUGCAUGGCUGUUCCAGGACAGCCAGGAGAGCUGCACAUGGUACCUGAGGUGGUACCACUUACAGGAGUGGUCAGACCCACAUCCUCUGUUGAUGGCUCGCAGCAGCCUGCAGCAGGGGGGGGGCCUCCUCUUCUUGAGCCCCCUCCUAGACAGGCAUUUUGCAGUCAAUAAAAGGAUGAGCCCUGUUCUCGGAUGCCUCAGGCAGUC